AUGUCACCAGGGAGGUCACAUGGACUCGCACAGACCUGCCUUUCCCUUUUGGCUGCUGAGAUACAAACCACAGGAGGACUUGAUAAAGGGAUGCGCGUUGCAGAUGUGGCCACGGUUGCACAGGAGUUCAGGGGAGAGGGAGAGUGGGCGCAGGGAUGGGCAGAGGCAGCUGUGUGGAGAAGGGAGGCUUCCCCUUGCCGCAUUUGUAGAGAGGCUUGGGAAAAAGGGCUUUUUGAAAAGGAGCACUGCCUGGGACAAUCUCAGAGUGUGUACACCAGUUUUGACAGCGUCUUCUUUUAUUCUCAGGGAACAGGAAGGGUUGAAAGGAGCACCCCAGAUGUCAGUGAGGACGCAGUCCUAGGAAAGGAGGCCAGAGAAGAUGGGCAGAGGGCGCAGAGGUGCCCCCUUUCCUCUGGUGGUUCUGUCUGUCAUGAGGUGUUUUCUUCUCCCACUGCCAAGGGCCACCACUUGUCAGUCUAUCCAUCACCGAAUGUUACAAACACUUCCGCCAAGCUGAGUCAUGAGCAAGAGGAGGCAGUGGAGGAGGAGGAUGGCGGGGCUGAGGCUGAGCCUGAGGGUGAGGCAGAGACAGAGGAGACCAAAGCAGAAGAGGUUGACCUGGAUGAAGAAGCCAAAGAUGCUGAAGAUGGUCCAGCUGAGGAGUCCAAACCCAAGCCCAGCAGGCUCUUUAUGCCGAACUUGGUGCCACCCAAGAUCCCCGAUGGAGAGAGAGUGGACUUUGAUGACAUCCACAGGAAACGCAUGGAGAAGGACCUGAAUGAGCUGCAGACGCUGAUCGAGGCUCACUUCGAGAACAGAAAGAAGGAGGAGGAGGAGCUAAUCUCUCUCAAAGACAGGAUCGAAAAGCGACGGGCAGAGCGGGCCGAACAGCAGCGCAUUCGUAAUGAGCGGGAGAAGGAACGGCAGAACCGCCUGGCUGAAGAGCGGGCCCGGCGAGAGGAGGAGGAGAACAGGAGGAAGGCCGAGGAUGAGGCCCGGAAGAAGAAAGCUCUGUCUAACAUGAUGCAUUUUGGAGGGUACAUCCAGAAGACAGAGCGCAAGAGUGGGAAGAGGCAGACUGAGCGAGAGAAGAAGAAGAAGAUCCUGGCUGAGAGGAGGAAGGUGUUGGCCAUUGACCACCUGAAUGAAGACCAGCUGAGAGAGAAGGCCAAAGAGCUAUGGCAGAGCAUUCACAACCUGGAGGCGGAGAAGUUCGACCUGCAGGAGAAGUUCAAGCAGCAGAAAUAUGAAAUCAAUGUUCUGCGAAACAGGAUCAACGACAACCAGAAAGUCUCCAAAACUCGUGGGAAGGCCAAAGUCACCGGGCGCUGGAAGUAGAGACAGCGCUGCUCUUGCCAAAGCUCUGACCCUUGCCUGUGUCCCUGCCCUGAGCAUCCCAGCUCAGGUCCUCCUGGGCACCCAAUGCAGACUCCUGUCUGGAGAGUGAGAGCUGGGCUAGCUAGAAGCCAGUACUCUUUCUGACCCCUAUGCCCACACCACUGCAGGAAUAAAAGGCCAGCACACUGCA